CCUUGCAGCUGCUUCCGGCUCCGCGGCUCCGGGCGCCUCCGGGAGGCCGCGGCCCGAACGCUGUGCCCGGGAGGGGCCGCCGCCCACAGCACCCGGACGCCUGGGUCCCCGACAGGCCCGCUCGUGAGCUCGCGACUGCGGUCUCCGAGGACGGCUUGGCCUGACCUUCCCGAGGCCGCGUCUCAGCUGCGCGCUUGGGGCCCGCCCGCCGCCCGGUGGGACUCAGAGCCCUGGAAUCCAAGGGAUGAACCUGCUGGCGAGGUGCGCUGACACCUGCCCCGCCCUCCCACAGGGGACUUCCCAGCGCUGAGCUCCCCAAGUCGGCAGUUAGGACCCUACAUCGGACCACCUUCCUUCCCUCUUGGAUGGAGCGCCGCCUCUCCAGUUUUGGGGGCACCUUGGGUGGCCUCGGUGAGUGAAACUGGGUGUGCUGUUUGCUGGGAAGAAACCCGGAAACAGGGAGGACGCUGUCAGGUGACGGAGGCCUGGUCGGAUCCUGAGACUUGGAAUCUUGUGUGUGGGGUGGUGAACGCACUCACCAAGCAGAUACCUGUGCUGCUGAGCCUCAACAGUGCCAGGACGCGGCCUCAGGAUUUGGGGUUCAUUGCACAUUCCAACCAUGUUCCUGCGACGGCUUGGUGGCUGGCUACCUGGCCCUUGGAGCCGCCGGAAACCCAGGCCUGACCCGCCCACCCCAGAACCCAGGCGGCUGGAUAGCUCCUCUGAAAAUUCAGGGAGCGACUGGGACAGCGCCCCAGAAACCAUGGGCGAUGUGGGGCCUUCCCAGAGGAAGGACUCAGGGGCCCGGAGUAGUUCUGGGACUGCUCCCCAACCAAGCAGGGAGCCCCAAGUUGAGCAACCGGGGAGCAAAAGGAUGGAUUCCCUCAAGGGGGACAAGACUGGUGCUGGCAUUCAAGAGUCUGGGAGACUGGAGGCAGCAGAGGCCAUUCCCCAUGUGGGAUGGGACCCUGUGGACUCAGGUGGCACCAGGAGAUCUGAAGUGUCUCCUGAAGGGGGACUGAGCCCCCCUGGGCCUGAAGCGCCAGUGGAGAAGCCUGGCCGCCGUCAGAAGCUGCUGGGCUGGCUGCGGGGGGAACCAGGUGGGGGAGCAGGGGCUCCCUCGCAGUACUUGGGGGGCCCAGAGGAGUGUCUGCAGAUCUCCACCAACCUGACCCUGCACUUGCUGGAGCUGCUGGCCUCGGCCCUGCUGGGACUGUGUUCACGGCCCCUGCGGGCAGCCCUGGACAUGCUGGGCCUGAGCGGGCCUCUGGGCCUCUGGCUGCACGGGCUGCUGUCCUUCCUGGCUGCCCUGCACGGACUCCAUGCCGUGCUGAGCCUACUUACUGCUCACCCCCUGCACUUCGCCUGCCUCUUUGGUCUCCUACAGGCUCUGGUGCUGGCUGUCAGCCUCCGGGAGCCAAGUGGGGAUGAGGAGGCCACUGACUUGGAGGGUAACAAGUUGGGGAGGGAGGGGGAGGAGCAGAGGGGAGACCCAGGAAAGGGGCUGUGACCUCAGAGUGGGUGUGACCAGGCCCCCCCCCCCCCAGGGGGGUGGGAGCAAGGGUGAAGACAGUGUGGCCUUUAGGAGAGUAGGGGGGAUGACCCAGAUUGUAAGCACAGGGACCUCAGGGAUGGGGAAGAAACCUCAGAGUAUGAGGGUACCCACCCACCCAGGGAGAGAACAGCUGUUCAGGGCGUCUGGGUUUAUGGACAGUGGGGGCAUAGCCCUUGAAUUCACCAGCUGUUGUUACUUUUUGAUUUUAUAUUUCUCCUACCUUCAAGUUUUUUUCCUCAUCUUCACGUUUUAAAAGCCAACAAAUAUUUUUUUUUAAUGUGGAGGUGGAGAAUAAAGACUAAAUGGUCCUCUCUAUCUUUCAAGACUCCCCAGGGACAGACAGAACUCUGGCUGGGGUAAGAGGGUGGUUGGGAGACCCAAGGGGUCCCUUGGAUCUUGGGACAUCUAGGGUAGAAUGGGGUUGCUAGGUGGGUGGAUUUGGGGACUGGAUGGGGCGCACAGGCAACAGGGAGCCUGCAGGGAUGAAGUGGGUGUUUCUGGGAGUCAGAGGGAGUGGGGAUGGUGUAGGUGGUACUGGCCGGCGGGGUGGGUCAGGGGCGGGCGGCCCGUGCAGGGAUUAGGGGUUGCUCACUCAGCAAUAAAUCACUGUCACACCGAAUCCUAAAUAUACCACUGAAAUGAGUUAACUACCA